AUGAAAGCAGCUCCACGCAUCUAUGAAAAUCAACCAACAGAGAAAGUUGAUAACGCAGACUUCUUUAUCUAACAAUUUUACAUCGAGUGUUUGGCCACAUUUUCUUAUUACAUUGAAUCCAAAGGAGAGGCUGCCGUAAUUGAUCCCUUGAGGGAUAUUGAAUAAUAUGUUGAAUUGGCCAAAGAGAGAAAUGCUAACAUAAAAUGGGUGCUUGAGACACACUUCCAUGCAGAUUUUGUGAGUGGCCACCGAGAAUUAGCAGCUAUCACUGGAGCAACCAUAGUAUAUGGUCCAACUGCAGUUGCUAACUUCCCUAUGAAACAAGCCAAAGAUGGGGAAUUGUUACCGCUCGGAACAGUCUAGAUAAGAGUGGAUCACACUCCAGGACACACAAUGGAAUCCAGUUGUUAUGUUUUAGUUUCCAAAGGAAAAGACCAUUCAGUCUACACAGGGGAUACCUUAUUUUUGGGGGAAGUAGGCAGACCUGAUUUGGCUGUGAAGAGUGGAGAAUUGACAGUUGAGAUGUUGGCUGCACAUCUCUAUGAUUCAUUAAGAAAUAAGGUUAUGAAGUUGAAUGAUGAUGUAAUCGUCUAUCCUGGACAUGGUGCAGGUUCAUCAUGCGGAAAGGCCAUUGGAGCAGGAAAGUUUUGCACUAUUGGAAUUUAAAAAUAGAAAAAUUAUGCUUUGCAACCCAUGUCAAAGGAAGACUUCACUAAAUAGGUUCUUGAAGGCAUGCCAAAGCCCCCUCAAUACUUUUUCCACGAUGCAAAACUUAAUAAAAGUGGACCAGCUGAUAUCACUCUUUUAUUAAAUGAAGUUUAAAAGGCACUGACAUAUGAAUAAUUCAUGGGUUUUGCCAAAUCAGGAGCAACCAUCCUUGAUACAAGACCAAAUGUUGCAGAAGGAAUAAUUGAUGGAGCCAUCAAUGUUACAUUUAUGUCAGGAUUAGUCAACUUUGUAGGAGCUGUCAUCAAACCAGAUACUAAAUUAAUAAUUAUAGCCAACUAAGAUUGUUCAAGAAUUGGAUAUGAUAAUAUUUUAGGAUACUUGUAAGGAGGAUUUGAAGUUUAUAAAAACAAUGGGGGACCAUUAGCAACUACUGUCAAAUUAGUCAGUCUAGUUGAGUUUUGCGAUGUCAAAGUCGACCCAGAAAAACAUGCAUUUUUAGAUGUCAGAGGACCAGGAGAACAUAAGGAGACUGGUUUUAUCAAAGGAGCUAUAAGAGUUCCAUUACCUGAAGUGGAAGCUAAUCUUGCAAAAAUUCCUAAGGAUAAAAUUGUCCAUGUUUACUGUAAAACAGGAGGAAGAGCAAAGAUUGCUAUGAGUCUUCUCGUUAGAAAUGGUUAUAAGAAUCUUGUGAUUACAUAAGAAGGAGGCUUCCCUUAAAUGAAAGAAAAGUAAUUGGUGGAAGUUGAGAAUGUUUGAUAAGCAUAUAUAUUCAUAUUAAAAGUAUUUUAACAAAAUUAA